AUGGCAGAGGACAAAAGUAUCCUAGAAGGAGCCCCCGAGCAUGAGUGGGGGACAAGGCAUCAGUACCCAGACGUGUAUCCUGAGAGGCACCUAACCCCCUCCAAACCCUGCUCCCAGCGCUGCCAGCUUCUCACUACAGGACCUUUCCCUACAGGUACCAUGAUGUGGGGUGCAGGCAGACCCCUGGCCUGGCUCUCCGCUGGCUCAGGCAGCAUGAACAUGAGCAGUGUGGGCUCAGCGGAGGGGCCUACAGGCCCAGAAGCACCACUGCCAUCACCCAGGGCCUGGGACGUGGUGCUGUGCAUCUCAGGCACCCUGGUGUCCUGCGAGAAUGCGCUGGUGGUGGCCAUCAUUGUGGGCACUCCCACCUUCCGUGCCCCAAUGUUCCUGCUGGUGGGCAGCCUAGCUGUGGCAGACCUGCUGGCAGGCCUGGGCCUGGUCCUCCACUUUGCUGCUGUCUUCUGCAUUGGCUCAGCGGAGAUGAGGCUGGUGCUGGUUGGCGUGCUGGCAAUGGCCUUUACUGCCAGCAUCGGCAGCCUACUGGCCAUCACUGUUGAUCGCUACCUUUCUCUGUACAAUGCCCUCACCUACUACUCAGAGACAACGGUGACUCGGACUUACGUGAUGCUGUCUCUGGUGUGGGGAGGUGCACUGGGCCUGGGGCUGCUACCCGUGCUGGCCUGGAACUGCCUGGAUGCCCAGGCCACAUGUGGUGUGGUAUAUCCACUCUCCAAGAACCAUCUGGUGGUCCUGGCCAUUGCCUUCUUCAUGGUGUUUGGCAUCAUGCUGCAGCUCUAUGCCCAGAUCUGCCGGAUCGUCUGCCGCCAUGCCCAGCAGAUUGCGCUCCAGCGGCAUCUGUUGCCUGCCUCCCACUAUGUGGCCACCCGCAAAGGCACUGCCACCCUGGCUGUGGUGCUUGGCGCCUUUGCUGCCUGCUGGCUUCCCUUCACUGUCUACUGCCUGCUGGGUGAUGCCCACUCCCCACCUCUCUACACCUAUCUCACCCUGCUCCCUGCCACCUACAACUCCAUGAUCAACCCCAUCAUCUAUGCCUUCCGCAACCAGGAUGUGCAGAAGGUGCUGUGGGCCGUCUGCUGCUGCUGUUCCUCUUCUAAGAUUCCCUUUAGAUCCCGUUCCCCCAGUGAUGUCUAGUCACAUCCUGGUGACCGACCCUUCAGCCCUGAUCACUACAGAAUUCCAGAAUGUUAGGUCCUUCAGGGCUUUUUUCCAACUCCCUAGCUCCACACCCCCAAGACCCAGCUGGUUCUGGAGUUCUAGGACAUCGGGUGUUUCACAGGAUUCUGUUCAGAUCCCUGCAGGGCCCAGCGGGCUCUAUGGUUCUAGAAUGUUCAGGUGGUCAGGAUUCCACUCAGAAAUGUCCCACAGCCCAGCUGGCCUGGAGAUCCAGAAUGCUGCUGGGUGUUUUACAGUGCCAUUCCAAGUUCCUGAUCUUCUUCCCUCGACCUUGACCAUGUCUCUUUACUUCUGAAUUUC